AUGGUGCAUAGAAGAAUAAAAGAAGGUGAACUUCAACCACACACAAAUGCUAUCAAGCCGACUUUGACAGAAGAGAAUAAAAAGGCAAGGUUAGAAUUUUGUUUAUCAAUGAUUCCUCCAUCUUUGUCUACUCCAUUUUAUGAUAUGUUUAACGUCGUUCACAUUGAUGAAAAAUGGUUUUACAUGUCAAAACCAUCAAAACUUUAUUACCUUGUACCUGGCGAGGAUGAGCCGUUAAGAACGUGUAUCUUUCCUUUCACAAAACUUGAACCCGCAAAACGUUCAAGUAAGAAUCGUGUUGCGGGAACUUUAGAGACUAAGCCUAUCUUAUCUGUGACUAAAGAAGUAACGAGGUCAUGGUUAAUUGAUAAAGUACUACCGGCUAUUAGGAAUAAAUGGCCACAAGGUCAUUCAGGUCCAAUUUUCAUUCAACAAGACAACGCGAAGCCACAUAUUAGCAUUGACGAUGAACAAUUUAUUCAAGAAGCAUCUCGAGAUGGGUUUGAUAUUCGACUUCGUUUUCAACCUCCAAAUAGCCCGGAUUUAAAUGUAUUAGAUCUCGGGUUUUUUCGUGCAAUUCAAUCACUUCAAUAG